GGGAGUCCCUCCUCACAGAGGGAAGCUAUGACAGCCUUGUCCCAUCUGGGCCAUCAUUGGACGGCAUGAGGCCUUGAACCUCAGUGUACUGGGCACCACUGUCUCCUGCCCCUCCCUGGCCAGGUGGCAGAGGUAAGGAGGUAGAGACCCUAAGGCAUCUCUCAGCCUCCACACCCCUUUCUGAAUCUCCCAGAAGGCUCCCUGAGUGGGAGCUGGGGCCAAGAAUGGGUUUCUAGGUCAGGAUAGGAUGGGACCUCCCAUCUCUUUUCUCCACUUGACAGUUGAGGUUAGUGAGGUUCUUCCGUUGGUGAUAGGACAAGAAACCAGCCUUUCAUCCUCCUGUACUUCAGUUCUUUCUUCCAUGCUGAAGCACCUUUUCCUUUGUAAAGAGAAGACAGCUCUCUUUCCCUGCUAGUUCCAGGAGACUUGGGUUCAGACAUGCAGGGAAGAGGAAAGUAUCACUUCUGUUUGGGGGAGCAGCCUUUUAUCUGCUGCUGGUAAGGAAAAUGUGCCUUAGAGUGGGCAGAAGUCACCCUGCCCUCCACCUGGAAGAGAACACCAAGGGUUAGGAACUGAAUGAAGACACUGUUAGUAUUUUGUAGUUUGGGGACCUUUCCUAUUUUUUUCAAGUUCUUUUACUUCCUCACAUUGAGCCUAAAAGAUGAACCGAGCAUUCUUUCAACCCACAGAGACUUGCCCAGCAUCCUACGGCAAGUUAGCAGUAGAUUAGAGCUCAGCCUCAUGACUCUGGUUCCUUUCAGCCACCUCAUGUUGCCUCUGGAAAGUAGGUUUGCAGGAGCUGGGAGUGGAGAAACUGGAAACUGACCAGCAGCACUGGGGCCCUUUUUGAGGGCUGUAUCUUUACCACCUCCCUGGUAAGCCCGGGGCACAGGGGUGUAGGCCCACCCACCACCAGACACCUGGGGCCAGAAAAAGUGAGUGAGGGGAAGUAAGUUUUAGAAAAGGGAACCCUUUGUAGCUGAUUAGGUUUUAUUUUGUUUGUUUGCUUUUAAUUACCUGGGGGAAGGGAUUAGGAAUUUAUUCCCCAAGAGGAUAGGAUAUUUUGACUAGGUUGUAACCUUAGCUUCCCUUUUGCUAGAAGAAAGCAAGCUUCCUGAUGAUGUCUCAUACUCCUAGAUCUGGAAGGAUCCUAAGAUAGUGGAGGAGAUGUACAUCCGAGAGAGUCAGUGAAGACAAAUCUGACCUUGAAAACAGUGUGAUGCAGAAGAAAAUAAAAAUCCCCAAACUUUCUCUUAACCACGUAGAAGAAGAUGGGGAGGUUAAAGAUUAUGGGGAAGAAGAUUUACAGCUUAGACACAUAAAGAGACCUGAGGGGCGGAAGCCGAGUGAAGUGGCGCACAAGAGCAUCGAGGCAGUGGUGGCCCGGCUAGAGAAGCAGAACGGCCUGAGCCUGGGCCACAGCACGUGUCCAGAAGAGGUCUUUGUGGAGGCCUCGCCGGGCACAGAGGACAUGGACAGUCUGGAAGAUGCUGUCGUGCCCCGGGCUCUGUAUGAGGAGCUGCUGCGUAACUACCAGCAGCAGCAGGAAGAGAUGCGCCACCUCCAGCAGGAGCUGGAGCGGACUCGGAGGCAGCUGGUACAGCAGGCCAAGAAGCUCAAGGAGUACGGGGCACUUGUGUCUGAAAUGAAGGAGCUCCGCGACCUGAACCGGAGGCUCCAGGAUGUGUUGCUCCUGCGGCUUGGCAGCGGUCCUGCCAUUGACCUGGAAAAAGUAAAGUCAGAAUGUCUCGAGCCCGAACCGGAGUUACGGAGCACUUUCAGUGAGGAAGCAAAUACGUCGUCCUAUUACCCCGCUCCUGCGCCUGUCAUGGACAAGUAUAUCCUAGACAAUGGCAAGGUCCAUCUGGGAAGCGGGAUUUGGGUUGAUGAGGAGAAAUGGCACCAGCUACAAGUAACCCAAGGAGAUUCCAAGUACACAAAGAACUUGGCAGUCAUGAUUUGGGGAACAGAUGUUCUGAAAAACAGAAGUGUCACAGGAGUCGCCACAAAAAAAAAGAAAGAUGCAGUCCCUAAGCCACCCCUCUCGCCUCACAAACUCAGCAUCGUCAGAGAGUGUUUGUAUGACAGAAUAGCACAAGAAACUGUGGAUGAAACUGAAAUUGCACAGAGACUCUCCAAAGUCAACAAGUACAUCUGUGAAAAAAUCAUGGAUAUCAAUAAAUCCUGUAAAAAUGAAGAACGAAGGGAAGCAAAAUACAAUUUGCAAUAAACUUUGGAUUUUUCAUAAA